AUGCAAAUUUUAGGCGGAUUGGCGACAGCGAAAGCGGCGAUGCUUUUGGCGAAAUGGCUGGGCAAUGAGCCGGAUUUGUUCGGAACACUGCCCCCGGAGGCUGCACAAUUGGUAUUCAUGAAUCACCUCGGCGUGUUGACGCAAGAGAUUGGCUCGAUCGAUUGGGUGGGAGCGUUGCUGUCGAUGGCCACAAAAUGUGCUCCAACAAUUGCAAAAAGUCACGAACAACUCGCGCAAUGGGCUCUCUCGCAAGCGUCCCUUCAGUCAUUCAUCUCGGACCAAGCGUUUUUUGUCUCGAAUUAUUCGCGUCUUCUCGGGCCGGAAAUCGCGACGCCUGAACGCUUGGAGGCCUUGUGGAAAGCGAUUUUCAGUAGUAACAGCUUGGCGCAACUCCAAAAUGCCGUCAUCGUUGCCCUCGGAGGAACGUUUGCCAGUGCGGCUGAAAUUUUACUCAAACAAACCGUUUACUACACGAACAUGUGGGGGAAAAUGUUGGAGAGAAGGCGACAAUUGAUGACAAUGGGGGCGAAUUCGUUGUUCGCUUUCUUGAGGCAUCACGAUCGGGGAAUGAGGACGAGCAUCGGCACCGUUCGUGUAUGUCUUCAAAUUCUCGACCUUCUCGCGCAUCACCAAGACAUCAUUCACUCGAUUCUCGAGAAUGGCAUUCAGUCGACCGACGUCUCUUUGUGGGUGUCCGUGUUGCCGCAAGUCUUUGCCCGUCUAUCGCAUCCGUCAAGGAAAGUUCGCGAGACGCUGAUCGAGUUGAUCCAGAGAAUUGGCAAAAUCUCUCCACACACUGUCGUUUAUCAAAUCGUCGUCGGCGCCUCAAAGCAAAUGCUGAUGGACGCGGAAACUGAGGAUUUGGUGGAAACGAAUGACGAGAUUGCACAGGAUACGCAUUUAGAGGAAAAAUCUCUGAUGUUCGAGUGUUGUCGUCGCUUGGAGGAAUCGUUGGCCUCGUUUUACCCGGAAAUGGUCUCCGAUGUGCGAUCGUUUGUCGAAGAGUUGCAGAAGAUCAACUUAUUAUUGGAAGAGAGAUGGGUGUUCGUCUUGGCCAAUAUCGACAACGAGAUGGAGAAACGACUCACGCAUAUUCGGGCUGAAUCGGAGAAAACGUUGAAGGCGGCUCACCUCGGCGAAAAGGAGCGCAUCGAGUUGGUUCAAGAGAAAACGCGAUUGAUCACGAAUUCGGUCUUCGAGCUAUUGGACGAUUUGUACGAGCGCACGCUUAACAGAACGUCGACUUCGGUCAAUGAAAAGAGCUUCAUCGAUGAGCACAAGGAGAAAAUUGCGGCCGCUUUUGAGACGAGUCGCGCGAAUCGAGCGAAUCCCGAGAAAGCGUGGGCACCGUUUAGACAACUACUGGCCGCUCUCAUCCAGAAGACCGCCCGGCGCACCAAUUCCACCCUGCAAAUCGAGGACAUCAGUGAGAAGCUGUCAAAGCUAAAUGGCUCAAAAGUUCCAAUCCCCGGUCAAGAAGCGAUCGAUUUUGCUGAGAUCUGUUACCUCGAUCGUUUGGGCAAAACGGCUUGGGUGUUGCCGACGAAAACCCGUCCAAAGAAGCUGAUUUUGAUUGGAUCCAAUGGAAAAGAAAACAUCUUCCUCUUCAAAGGGCAAGAGGACUUACACUUGGACGAGCGAAUCAUGCAAUUGUUGCACAUUUGCAAUUUGAUGCUACGCGGAGCGAAAGAGUUGCAGGGAGACUGGCCACUGUACGAGGCGUUGAACUACUCGGUGACUCCGCUGGGCGCUCGCUCGGGUCUCAUCCAAUGGGUGAUCGGGUGCACGCCGCUCUUUCAACUCUAUCGCCGAUGGCAGAAUCGACAGGCGCAAACAAAGACGCUUCUCAAUCGAAAAGCCGGUCAAGCGACGCUCAACAACAAUGCGCCUUUGGAACGACCCACCGAUAUGUUCAUGAAGAAGUUGAGGGCCUCGUUCAAGGAAAAUACAAUCGCCCCGGAAGUGUACGGUGAUCGCUCGAAAUGGCCAAAAACGAUUCUUCGCGAUGUGUUGCUGGAGUUGAUGAAAGAGACGCCGAAUGAUUUGCUGGCAAAGGAACUGUGGAUGCGUGCGGGUAGUGCGGACACGUGGUGGCGCGUGACGUCAAGAAUGGCGCGGAGUUCGGCUGUGAUGAGCAUCAUUGGCGCAAUUCUUGGAUUGGGCGAUCGGCAUCUCGACAAUCUUUUGGUGAAUCUCGACUCUGGCCAGAUGGUCCACAUCGACUACAAUGUUUGCUUUGAUAAGGGUCGCCACUUGCGAGUCCCUGAAACAGUGCCGUUCCGUUUGACGCCGAAUAUCGUGCACGCGCUUGGACCAACGCAGAUUGAUGGAAUGUUCCAGCAAUCGUGCCAACAAGCACUCGAUGUGUUCCGCACAGGCAAAAAGGUUCUUCUGACGGUGCUCGAUGCUUUUGUAUAUGAUCCGCUCGUCGAUUGGGCCGCUGCUCACGAUCAUUUGACGACAAGCGCCGCUGUUGGCUCGGUGAAUGUGGCUGUGGCGUUAGCGGUUUACGGCACUGAUUCACGAGCUGCCGGCGCUCGUCCAAUUGCUCGACAAAUGUUCGCCGUGAGAGUUCGCGAAUUUGCGACACCGUGGAAAGAGAACAAAAUCGAACUCACACAAGCCAUUCAGCAUCUCAUCGCCACGAUCAACUACGAGGUAAAACUCGACGUGCAAUCACCGCUUGAAGAAGCUCAUGCUUUGCAAAAGAGCCGAAACGAGGCUCUGCAGCGAAUGAAAGCCGCAAUUCAUGCACACCAUCAAAUCAUGAAGAACUUCCGGCAAUUGUUGAGGGCACUUUCAGCGUGUGACCCGCGUUUCUCUGCGUACACGAAGAAAUACCGAGAACGUUUCGCUGAUGGAGUGGUGAAAGCGCAUGAAGCGAUGGAGUCGAUUCCGUCAAAUUUCCUGCUCGCAAUCACUGUGUUGAGCUCGGUGGUCGAGACGAUCAAUGAUGUCUACGAUGGACUUUUGUCGUUGGACAGCGCUGCUCCGAUUGUCCCUGCACAAAGCUCGACGAUUUCACCGACGAAUUUCAUGGCACCACCUGGAUUUGAAGAUACGACACCCGGUGAGCAGCAGAAACAGCAGCAAAACCUGUACGCGAGAAGUGUCAACCGGAAGGUGGAAGCGCGUUUAGAUGGGCGAAUCGAUGGGAAUGAGCCGAUGAAAUGCUUCACGAUACAGGAACAGGUCGAUCAAUGGAUUCGCUCGGCCACAUCGCUCUCGAAUCUCUCGUUGAUAAACAUUCGUCCACUCAACUUUACUCUUUUGAUGCGUGCGGUG